GGUGGAGGGUUGGAAGGCGGGACCAGGCCGGGUCAGGGGGUAGGGCUGAUGACAGGGGCCGUAGUGGAUCACAGUGGAGUGACCCCUCCCCAUAGAGGAGCAGAAAGACAUGAGGGACACAGACGGCAUCACAGACGGAAGCUGUACUCACCUGCACAGGUUUGUGCACAGGAAAGUCAGUGGUUGGACAGUGUAUCUCUGCUGAUAAAGGACUCAUUUGAAGGAGAGAUGCUGAUGAUUGACAACCUCUCUGGAUCUGUCUUCCAUCACUACUCCUCUACCUCUUCUCCUGUCUGGAAGGACUACAAGGGAAAUCUGCAAGAGAUCCGAUUGGCUGAGGUGGAGCAGGCGUCUCUGAUGUCAGAGCAGCUGUCUGACAAGUCGUCAUCACCGGCCCUUCCUGAUGAUCUUAGUCUGGACGACCACAGUGACUACCAGCUACUGGUCAGGGACGGCAAGGAGGAGAGAGGGAGCAGUGACUCCCACAGUUCUGAGGAUUUGAGGGGGAUUCAGGCUGGGUGUGGAGGGCGUUGGGGGCACGGAGGUUCUCGACCCCACAGCAGAGGCCCUGAAGAUGGGGUAGGAUUCCUGCUAGAGGUGGGCGUCCAGCCCCAGUUCCAGAGCCAGUCUCUCCAGUUCCUCCACCACAACAGAGAUGGUGAUGGCCAUCACAGUGACCAGGUUGGCAGUGUUGGAUGUAGAGGUUCCUCCUCUCCUCUCUUCCAUCUCCCCGUGGAGUUCUUUCACCCCACCACAGCCACAGCGGUCCCCCCACCCAUCCCCAAGACCGGGGUAGAGCCAGGGGCGAGAGAGGCAUCCAGGCUGCCUUCCCCAGCCUCCUGGGCCUCUCUGCGCUCCCCAGGGGCCAACAGCAGGGUCCUAGACUCCCCAGGGGCCAACAGCAGGGUCCUAGACUCCCCAGGGGCCAACAGCAGGGUCCUAGACUCCUCAGGGGACAACAGCAGGGUCCUAGACUCCCAGCACCUGUCCCACAGUGACUCGUCCCUGGCCACAGGCAGCUCCGAGGGCAGCCUCCAGACCACCCUGGAGGAAGGUCUCAGCUUUAGCGUCUCCCCCCCUCGAGGAGACCUGGGACUCUCCCUGGCCCUGCCUCUUCUCUGCCCUCUCCCCCUCCCUCACCUCGACGAACCCCGACAAACCCCCAGAUCGCUGGGUCACCCCUCAAUGAGAGGCUGCAGUACCGCAUUCAACCUCCAAGCCACUAGAGGGCACCAGAGGAGCCAGAGCAGCUGUGGCAGCAGCACCAGUCCCGGCUGCCCAAGGCAAGACUCUAUGGACCCUUCAGAUGACGAUUGUGGGAUAGGAACAGGAGGCGAAGGAUCCAGUCAGGCUUUUAACAGCGAACAUUUAUCAGAGACACUUAGUAGUUUGUCUCUGACGUCACUGCUGUCACCUAGCUCCCUGGCACCCCCGCUGGUGAAAAAGUGUAAUAGCACUGGGAGUUUGGACCAGGCAAAUCUUUCUGUCAGGAAUAAAGAUGGACAACAGUACUAUGAGAUAGAUGCUCAUGGGUACCUCACCAACCCUUGGACUGAGAAGAGGGGUGGACAGGAAGGGGAGACGGGGUUUGGAGUUAAAAGUACGAGUCAGAUGAUGGAUGCCGGCUCGAGGAAAAACAGAUGAAACUUUAUCUAUCGGUUGGAACUUUUUUUUCUUCUCAAGAGGUUUUUGAUUGAUAUCUGUUCAGUGAACUCAUCUCCUCCCUCUUUCUCUCUCUCUUUUUCGUCAGUGAGGUGUCCAUGUUCUCAUCUUUCCAUGACGAUUGGGUGAAAACUGAAGCUGAGGGAUUGGUAUACAUUUUGUGGAGGAUUACAAUGACUUCUGGGUAAUGGAGUUUAAUCAAGGCAUCUCAUUUUCUGAGACAUAGGGAUAUUCUUUGAGAGGACUACAGCAAUGACAGGACCCUUGAAAAACAUGCUAAUUCUGGGCUUGCAUGGAGCAUAGUCACCCUCAUCCAUACACCCAAAGAAAAGCAACAAAAAAAAGUACCAAAAUGUGAAUUUCGUGUGAGCGUUGUCGGAAACAAUGAUGAAACUCCAAACAGUGAUGAAACUCCAAAAGAAAACGAUUGGGUUCUCCUUGACUAACAGGGCUAGCUUAGCUUAGAGGCUAAUGCUAACGCUCCUGUGACUGACAACAGGGCUAGCAUAGCCCAGUGGCUAAUGGUAGUCUAAUGCUUUUGUCCUCUUGAAAAAAGACAAUGCUUAUUAUUAAGAUAAGCAGAUUGUAGUCCUUUCGAUGAGACUUUGUACAGAGUUGUUUUUUUUAAUUCACAUCUAUAAGGUAGCAUUGAUUACCAACUUUUCCUUUUAGCAAACUAACAUUUGAUAGGUGAAAGAAAAUCAAGGUUGCAUAUUUGAUGGGUUUUCUAAUUAUAAAACAAAUUGGAUCUGUAUGAAUGCAGAUGUGUCCCUCUGUGUGUGUUAGGGUGAGAUAUAAAGGCUAAUCUAGAAAUACUAGAAAUAGCAAAAGGGCCCCUUUGAAUGGGAAAAAAAAAUCAAUAUGUGAGAGCUAUAGUGAAGAGACGUGGGGAGUGAAUGAGAACAUAUGCGGUACCAUAGAGGAAUAGGCCAUGUUCUCAUGAAUCCCCCAUGAACCAAGGGCUUCAGAGAAGAUGAUGCUCUCCUGUCCCUACUGGAUAGGUGCACCAUAUUCAAUGAGAGAUCGAGAUCGGACGCCAUCUUGGUUGGUGAAACACAAAGUAAAACGAAGUCAGGGUCAGUUUCACAAAAUGUCCCUUGUUGACAUUUGUGCAGCGUUGUGUAUCGACGUUUUGACGGAAAAUUGUAUACCUCAGAUGGAUUACAGAAAACACUGAAGUGGAUCUAUAAAAUAUUUUUUGCAACGCUCACACUCAGAUGGUCACAUAAAUACACAAGCGCACACACACCACAACCACAAAGAUGUCAAAGAUGUCGGCUUAACUGCACUGUUUUGGUUUUUCUUGAAGACAGGAAGAGAUCAGAGAGGAACAAAUCUCUCACUCGAUCGCUCGUCGUCCAACUUAUCCUCCUUUCAUUCUUUCUCAUUAUCCGUUUGAAUUAAAGGGGCACUCCACUAUUUUCUAACCUCAUAUUCAAUAUCUCCAUGUGGACACUGGCAUGUUGCAGGGAGGACAUUAGGAAUAUCAGGUUAAAUAAGUAGCGAAGUGCCACUUUAAAAAACCCAUGUUGGAAAAGCCCGUUUAUUUAACAUAUUAUUUCCCCCGUGUAUGAGAUAUGCAAUAUUUGAAGCAUACAGAUAUAUAUGACACAGGUAUAGGUAGAAGAUAGGCAAGAGGGUUCAAAUAUAUUGUUAUUAUGUAUUACAGUAAAAUGUCAAUAGGCUCCAAUGAGAUUGAAAUCUCAUUCAAUUACGAUGUGUUAGAAUGUCUGUGUAUUCCAAGAUGGUAGGGUGAGGAUGUCUUUUGUUCUUGUCUUUUCCCCCGCCCCCUAAGUUGCAUGUUGUUAUUCUUUUGUCAAAUGUCAUUUUAGAGUCAUAAAAGUGGAUUAGCUUCUUAACUUCCGCAGAUUCUUGAUUCUUUAACAUGGUGACUUGUCCUAUUUAUAGGACGCGUCAUCAUUCAUUUGAAUGUCGGACCCUUUUCAUCUUCCCAUGUUAACCGUUGAACCUUUUCGUGAGGCACCCAAAGUCUCAUUCCCUCCCAAAUGUUAAUCGAUUACGUUACUGAUUCGUCAUAGUAGCAGUUGUGUGGGAACCCUAGCAAAUGAUAUCUCUGUUUCAAUGCAUAAUUCCUAGUGAUGACUUAAUGAAAGGUAUACUCUUGCACAGGGGAUGUUGUAUGUUUUGAUUGUGAGGACGAAGUGCAGGUUUGUUAGUGCUGCCUACAUGUGUAUGUCAUUUUGAGAGUAGAUUUGUAAGGAUAGAAUAUCACAAUUAGAAAAGAACACAAACCCAACCCGUGUAUUCAUGCAUAUUCAUCAGUGUCAAUGUUGAACUCUAUAUCUGGCGUUCUUCUUCUCUCUCGCUAAACAUAACGGGCUCCAAACUACUCCAGCUAUUUAAAAAGCCUUCUUCAUUUACCUUGGGCCUUCCUCUUGGUUGUUCUAGCUCAACAAACAGACAGGCCAAGUCAGAGACAUAAGCUAAAAGAUAAUCAAAUCAAACAGGAACUUCAGUGUCUCUUAGGACCCUGACGUGUGUGUGUGUGGAAACAAGUGUAAUAUCUUUGACAAAUAUUUGAAAUGAGAAACCGUGGGUUUGGCACUUGUAGUUGGCUUCAGAUUUAAUCACUUGGUCCACACAAAUAUAAAUGUCAUGUCGGUUACUUUAAAAAAACAGCAGAUUUUUCUUUGCCGGCUUUUUAAAGCCCCUUAUCAUUCCAUGAUGCUAACACCAUGUUAAAAUACAAACUUGACAAGACUACAUAUGUUCAAACAUAUUUUGUUCUCAGACAUUUCAAAAGAUUUGUGGCCAGAAGAGAUGUUUUUUACUACAAAAGGCUGCUAUUCAACUAACUGGCUGUUUAGUAAGCCUUUGAAACAGUAUCUGAAAUGAACACAUCUCUUAUCUCUUCACGUCAGAUUAGAUGCUGUUUAGUCUCACAGAGAUAUAUCAGAUGACAGUUUAUCUUCUCUUUUAUUUUCUCCCCUCUCUUUCCUCUGUUUUUCAUGUCCUGCUGUCUUCAGAGCCGUGUCUCACUGUUUAGUGUCUUAAAUGAUGAACCGUAGCAUCACAGUCUUCCUCACACAGCUUCUAACACUAGAGUGUGUUUGACAUCUAUAAGUAUUAAAGAGAAGCGUAUGACUCUUAGCAGCAGGUAUGUUUGUCUGCUUGAAUGUGUGUGUGUGUGUGUUUGUGAAUGCUCGUCCCUCUGCCCGAAAUAUGGCCUACUACACCAUUGUAGGAAACGGCUUCAAUUGAAUAAAAAAAAUAGAUGUAUGAAAGUCAUUGAUUCUAGUCACAAUCUUUCCUGUGGGUUUCUUGGUAUUCAGCAGCAACAUGCACAUUAUCAGCUAGCCUAGCUUAGCUUAGCCUAGCCUAGCCUUCAUUCAAACACUAUUAAGUGCUAACAACACUAGCUUUCUGUGACUGGGUUUCAUCCUCUAAGUUUGAAAGGGUUUUUAACAUCAAUCUAUGGUUGCGUUGCAAAUGGCCCUCUAUUCCCUAUAAUACCCUGAGGUUAAAAGUAGUGCACUAUAUUGGGAAAAGGGGGCCAUUUGGGACAAGUCUAACACUUGUAGACCUGGGGUUUACCUCCAUUGGAGAGAACCAGACUGAUCAAAAAGCACACGCACUCACACACGCACGCACGCACAUGGACACACACGCACACACACACACACACACAUACAGACACAAACACACACAGCUUGAUACGCUGGUACACCUGCGGCUCCCUCCGCCCCCUGGAGAGAACCUGUCUGAUCAAAAGACUGCUUACGCGAACAGGCAUUUAACCACUAACACACAGCUGUCCACAGCAAUCUACAAGCCCUUGAUGUACUGUACUCACAUUCUAUUGAAUUAGAUGAAGACAGAGAGACAGACAGAGAGACAGACAGAGAGACAGACAGAGCAGCACAAAGGUUACUAGGUGUGUUUGAUCAGACUAACACAAGAGAAGGAAGAAUAGAAAUGAAUAGGAUGAAUGAGAGUGAAAGGAUGGUGAUGG